UGAUGAGGUCACUUUCUUCUCUCAAACAAGACACACAAGUGAAAGAAAAAAUCAAAACCUAUCUUCUUUUUCCUAUUACUAAAAACCUCUUCUUCUUUUUUUUUUUAAUAAGGAGUAAUUUAAUUAUUACUAUAACCUGCGUAGUAGACCCAUCUAGUUCCAUUCAUGGAUCCCAAACAGCCUAACAGCAACAAUAUUAAGCCUGCUCAUGAACAGAUAAAAGACUUGCAGAUUUUGAAAGAUGAUGAAACCAAGAAACAGGUGGUUGCUCCUAAAAGAAAAGACAGGCAUACCAAAGUUGAAGGGAGAGGGAGGAGAAUACGUAUGCCUGCUCUCUGUGCUGCAAGAAUUUUCCAACUUACACGCGAAUUGGGUCAUAAAUCUGAUGGAGAGACAAUUCAGUGGCUGCUGCAGCAAGCCGAGCCUUCAAUUAUUGCUGCUACUGGCACAGGGACAAUUCCUGCCUUGGCUUUAGCUGCAGCAGCCGCUGGGACUUCUGUUUCUCAACAAGGGAUCUCUGUAUCAGCUGGUUUAAUGGAUGAAUCGACUAGCAGUAGAAGCAGUAAUAGUAGGACCAGUUGGCCAAUGAUCUGUGGGAAUUUUGGAAGACCCCAUUUGUCCACAGCAGGAAUAUGGCCCCCACCUGCCCCUGUUGUCACUAGUUUUGGGUUUCAGUCUUCAUCUGCUCCAUCAAGCAACAGUUUGGGUUGUGAAAGUUCAAAUUACUACCUACAGAAAAUUGGGUUUCCUGGAUUUGAUCUGCCUGCAGCUACAAAUAUGAAUCCAAUGAGUUUUACUUCAAUUCUUGGUGCAAGUAAUCAGCAAUUGCCAGGAUUGGAGCUUGGAUUAUCUCAAGAGGGUCAUUUAGGGGUUUUGAAUCAGAUAUACCAGCAGGCAAGAAUGCAACAUCCGCAGCAGCAACAACAAGAUCAGCAUCAGCAUCAACAAAAAUCUCCAGCGGAUGAUUCUCAAGGAUCAGGACAUUAAAACAACUUUCAGAUAAAAGACCUGAGUUAGGUUUUUUUGGUGAAUGAUUUUUCAUUUGUUAGGAGGUGUAUUGAUUAUAAGUUAAAAGCCAUCCAUCUUUUUGUCAUUCAUUUACCCUUUAUAUAUGAGUGGUGUGCUUAUAUCUUUUUUUUUGAAAUACACAAGCAAUUUUCACUUAUAUUAUACUAUAUGAGGCUUCGGAUUGAUUCGCGUCUUUGUAUUCGUACAAGGGGAUUUCUGAAAUCAAUUCCAAUUUCAACA